AUGGAGCUGAACGCGGAAGCUAAGCGGAUCAUGGCGCUGUCUCUGGGCAAGCUGUACAGCUCCCGCAUGCAGAGAGGCGGCAUGAAGCUGCACAGGAGCCUGCAGCUCUCCCUGGUCAUGAGGUCGGCCCGCGACAUCUACUUCACCGCCAAGCUGGAGAGCGACGCGGAGGCGGCGGGGCGCCAGCCAGGGGCGCCGGCCGAGGACGAGGAAGUGGCGAUGGUGACCGAGGCCGUGCCUGCGCAGCCCGCAGGGCAAGCGGCCACUGACCCCCAGCAAAGCGAAACCGGGACGGAGGCGCACAUGGAGACCGAGCCCAGUCCGGAGCGGAGCUGCGCUCCAGCGGUCACCCAGCCUUUAACAGAGGCGCCCAGCAACGUACCUGCCAGGACAGAAUGCAAACCCAAACCCGCCCAGAUCGUUACCCCCGGCGACAAGGAGAACGCGAGCCCCGGGAGCGGCAGCGCCGUGCCCGCUCUGGCUUCCGACAGACACUCGAGGAAGCGGAGGGGCAAAGCCGCCGCAGAACCCGAGUUUCUGCCCAGUAAGAAACCUAGGAUGGAGCAGAGGAAAAGAGGCGAGUCCGGGCUCCAGAGCGGCAGCUGCCGUGGCGGGGCCAGCCUGGCGAGCACUCUGUUCAGGACGAUCGUGGCUUUUUGA